CGGGGGAACGUGUGGCGCCUGCCCAACUUUAUCCCCGCGCGCGCGCGCGCGCCUCAGAGCCCCAGCCGCCCGCUGCCGCCGCCGCCGUGCCCCCACGCCCAACGCCUUCCGCACCGCGCAGCGACGUCACCACCCGGGUGACACCGACCAGUCCACAGUUCGCUGCAACACCCACGCACCGCCAUGGCCCCUGCUGCCACGGGCGUGGGGAGCCUCGCCGCCGCUCCCGUCGCCAAGGGCUACACCACCUACAGAAAGGCCGCCGCACGCUCCGUCGUCAGGCUGGGGCUGCCCGCGCUGCCGCCGCUGCCCGGCCUCAGACUCGCGGCGCAGGGCCAGGCAUCCUUCUGCAAGCGGCUGGCGAGGAACGUGGUGGCCAUGGCCACGGGGGAGCCCACCGCGGCGCCUGUGGCUGACAACGAGGAGCUCACCGAGUUCGUCAACGCGUUGAAAAAGGAGUGGGACAGGAUCGAGGACAAGUACGCGGUGACCACGCUCGCCGUCGCCGCCACGCUCGCCAUGUGGAGCGCCGGUGGAGUAGUGUCGGCAAUCGAUAGGCUUCCCUUGAUUCCAGGUCUGAUGGAGGCUGUUGGAAUCGGAUACAGUGGGUGGUUCGCGUACCGAAACUUGCUAUUCAAGUCUGACAGGGAUGCUUUCUUUGCAAAGGUCCGGGAGGUCUACGAGGAUAUAAUCAGAAGUUAACAGAUGGAGCACUAAUGCAAGCUCAUCCAAAUCAAGUUCACUUUAAGAGAUCCUUCUAGUUUGCUGCCGUUCAGUUGCUUUUGCUAGCUGUAAUAUAUUUCAGUAUAGCAUCUAGUUUGAUCCUCACUCAAUGCAUGUAUGGAUAAACAUUUUUUAUAAAAUGCAAUCUAUCGAUGCUCUGUUUUUUUUUUCGUA